CCAAAACAAAAUGUGUACUAAAAGGAUUAGUAUGAAAUUCUUGUGUUGUGACUAUAUUUUACAGUAACAAGGAGAGUCAAGUUUCUUUAAAGAUUUCAUGGUUUUCAUCAAAAUUAAUCUAAGACGAUGAUUUUAGGCGAGGAGAGCUCGUUGUCAAUGGGUGAAUCGAGGGAUGGUGCCUCUUUCAUUGAAAAUGAUAGUUUUUCUUUGUAUAAUGACGAAAUUCUGAACGCUAGUACGCCAAGACGAGGACGAAGCGUUUCAUACCUGGAACUAACAAGUCCUUAUAAUGAAACUUCUCUUCUAUCCGAUACAAGUUUACAACGAAUGCGUUGUCUAAGCCAGAGCAUAAACGAUUUGAAAAUAUUACGAGAAAAACAACAAGAACGCAGACAUGAAAUGGGAGACUUACUCAAUGAUGAUUUCCUAAAGGAGCACGCAAGGAAAUUAAAAGACGCCAGGGAUAAGAUCAAGGUGCUUGAAGCGAAAUACCAAGGUCCACAACGAACACGUAACAAGCUUGAUAUUUCGAGUUUGGAGAGAAAAAGGAGUUCAGGCUUGGGGGAGAAAAAUGAAAGUUUACUUCUCGCAGGAAAUACAGGUGAGCUUUCGUCACUUCAAGGUCAUAAGGCUAAACUAACUUUAUUGAUACUCGAUAGCUCUAUAUCACUUCUAAACUGUUCUUCCGACUGAGUAAGGAAAAUUCUUUAUUGGUCAAGAGUUACUGCAGGAGAAACCCGUAGUAGCCAAAGAAGACCUGUGGUGUUUGGCAAUUAACAUUCCAACCCGUCUUAGUGAACUCUCAUCGCCUCUUGUGUUUGUUUAAGUAAGGUUUAAAUGAAGCUCAGUUUAUUUGCAUAAUUUGUCAUAGACAUUGUUCAAGGAAGCGCCUUUCACCUUUUCUCACGUUUGAUUAUUGCUUCACAAUCAAGACAUUCAUUCAUGUGAAAAGACAUUCACAAUCAAGACAUUCAUUCAUGUGAAAAGACACCGUCAAUGACGCAAUGCUCUGUGGGUUUCCCCGAUAUGUUUGCGGAGGGAAUGUUGAUAGGUUAGGUGAUAUAAUGAUAGGGCAGGGUAAGGACAUAUAGCAGUAGAUUCAUGACUCUAUCAGCUUAGCUCCAGUAAAAUAUAUAUGAUUGAGUGGAUGAUAUAUCAUUACUUAUUAGAGGAGGAAACUGAUGGAUAUAGGGGAUCAACACAGGAACAAAACAGGAUAACCCAAGCCCACCCACGAAAGCCAAGACCGCUAACAUGGGCGAGCGAAGAAGAUUUCAGCUCUGAAUGUAAUUCAUUGUCAUCGCUCGGUUCAAACAGACAGCGGAAGAUGGAAAUUAUUCCUGAAAACUUGGACUGGAAUCGUAAUCGUUGCCAUGGAGAUGAAGGUAAGCGUUCAUCUAACGUUCUCAACAAGUAACUGGAGUAUGUAUCAGUUGGUGGGUUUCAGUAAGUGUCACAGGGCAGCAGAUGGUGCUCAACUUCAGCAAUGUUCACACUUGUGCAGAGCAAGCAAAUUAAACUAAAGAUAUCUGUUUAGUAAUGAAAAGAAUGAACAUUAUUUUCUCACUCUGAUAACUGCAGGUUGACCCCCAUCUGCUGCACGAUAAUGCUUAGUGAAAGUCACCAUAGUGACCAUAGUCACCAUAGUGUGCAGUAUACCAUUCAUGACUUACAUAUAAAGACAGAUAAAAGGAUAGCAUGCAGUCGAUAUUUAAAGAAGGAACACGUAUCUUUUCUGUAUAGGAACCACCACACACCAUUUCACACCAAGAGAACAGUCAAGAUCCACCCCAACGACCAAUGCAACAAAAUGGCGCAGUAUGCCGAACCUACUAACUAGCGAGAACGCUUUUACCGAAAACCGAACUUUCAUGCCCGGCGAGGCUAUACCGCUUGACCCAACUAGCAAAAAACACCACACAAAAUUCACCCGAAGAACUGGCUUCUACAAGGUCAACGAAAUUCCAGGAAAACGUUCCACUCAUUCAAGAAGCAAGAAACAAAAAAUACGAGAAUUUUUUCACAGAAAAAGUUCAUCCAAGUCCAAGAAAAAUUCCGAAAAGCUCGUGAGUUCCCCGAAGGAAGCUCUCGCCUUAGGCAGAGUGGUAGGAUGCCAUUCCAGCAUAGACACUGCUUAUAUUAUCGAACUUCGCAGACCAGAUAAAGUGACCUUUGGAUUCAACAUUCGUAAAGGAUACGAAGAACGCAAAGACGGUAUGUUCGUUUGUAAAAUUGUGGAUAAAAAGGCCGAGAAAUUUCUGGGUGGACUCCUACAUGUGGGCGAUGAAAUUUUGGAGAUUAAUAGCACGAAUGUGAGGGAGAAAAGUUUAGCGUUCGUUCAGAAACUUAUUAAAAAUGCUGAGAAAUUAGAGUUAGCUAUAUUGCCUUGUAGCUCGUGUAAGGAACAGUAGUUUUGCCCGGGUUUGUUAAAGUAUGGUCUUAUUAAUGUAGUGUUUUCGUCAAAAUUGCCGGUUGGUUUUCACCAAGAACACAAAAAAAACUACAUGUACAUGAUGUAUUUAACUAUUAUUUUUUAUAUAUAUUAUAUAAGGGUGAUUAUAUGUUAUUAAAUAUGAAUUUUUGAAAUAUAUUAUUUAAGAGUGAUAUAUGCUUAAAUAUAAUUUUUAUGCUGUAUAAAUAUUUUACGAUACAUAUAGACAGAUGGUUCACUAAAAUUUCACACUUUCAAUACGGUGGUCGUUGCUAUAGUGUGCCAAAAUUCACGCAUUUUCUCACAUCUUCAAGCUUAUGAGUUAUAUACAUGUUGUUUAGUUGCCACCAACGUUUAUCACCAACAACUUAUCAACAACAAGUUGUUGAACAAGUUGUUGAAAUGCAUUCUGAUCGCAAGUUGUGUGUAACAACUUUUUGUAACAACUUGCAACAAGUAUUACAAGUUUAGUUACAACAUACCUUCAUAGCUUAUCAUGUCUAUCAUAACUUUGUUCCCAUAAAACAACAGUUUUGUCCGCACUGCUACUAAGAAACACACACUCACUUGGAUGCCAACGACAUUGAAUGACUUUGUCUCUGUGUGUUGCCACAACACGUGACUCGGAUAGCAUCUCACUGCUGUUGUAAUGUACACUGGUAACUGCUACGCAUGCGUCGUAGGAACCCGUGAGGAGGUGCUGGGAGUCUGGGGAGAAUCGAAUAGAUCUACAGUCCAUUUCGUGCGGAGUAAAUGAAGUAAUCGAUCUCCUUGCGCCAACAUCGUAAACUAUACAUUGACCGUUGUCAUCAGCUG